CUGCUCAGUAUUCCCGUUCCCCCAGAGCCAUCAUCACUCUCCACACAGGACCAACAGAGACAGCUUCGCUCAUUAAUGAUGGUUUUGUAGCCCAGUUAGCUUAGUGGACGCUUCAAGCAGCCGUUGUAUUGGCAGAGCCCGCUGCCCUCUUUUGUCUGCCUCUUAACUGCCGCUGCUCCUCCAUCGGAGGGGAAGAAAUUAUCCACGAGGUUACGGUACCAAAACUACCAACAACAAAAAAAGGAGUUUGGAGGGGAAAAAAGAACUGUUUCGGGCGUGGUAGCAAAGAAAAAAAAAAGUAAUUUUUGUCCAAAACUUUUAAAGAAGCAGCUGCAAUGUCGCUGUCGGUGCCACAAAACGGAGUAAAGGCGGACGACGAGCCCGUUAUCGAGCUCUUUGUAAAGGCGGGAAGCGAUGGCGAGAGCAUUGGAAACUGCCCCUUCUCUCAGAGGCUCUUCAUGAUCCUCUGGCUCAAAGGAGUGGUCUUUAACGUCACCACCGUGGACUUGAAAAGGAAGCCUGCAGACCUCCAGAACCUGGCUCCCGGCACCCACCCCCCCUUCAUCACCUUUAAUGGAGACGUCAAAACUGAUGUCAACAAGAUUGAGGAGUUUCUUGAGGACGUUCUCUCCCCACCCAAAUACCUAAAGCUCAGUGCCAAACACCCCGAGUCAAACACAGCCGGUAUGGACAUCUUCGCCAAAUUCUCCGCCUACAUCAAGAACUCCAAGCCAGACGCUAAUGAGGCUCUGGAGCGCGGGCUGCUGAAGACCUUGCAGAAGCUGGAUGACUACCUUCGCUCGCCAUUGCCCGACGAGAUCGACCACAACAGCAUCGAGGACAUCAAGUUCUCCAGUCGCAAGUUCUUAGACGGAGACGAGAUGACCCUGGCUGACUGCAACCUGCUGCCCAAACUGCACAUAGUUAAGGUUGUGACUAAGAAGUACAGAGGCUUUGAUAUUCCAAAAGAGAUGACAUCCAUCUGGAAGUACCUGAAUAACGCCUACACACGUGAAGAGUUCACCAACACCUGCCCCAGUGACAAGGAGAUAGAGAUCGCCUAUGCAGACGUGUCAAAUAAACCCCGCUGGCUAGGCCACCCCCCCACACACACUAAGAUCCUCCCCCCCCUCUGCCUCACUCCUGCAUCUCCUACUCCUCAGCAUCAGGACCGAUGUGGCUCAUUCAUGAGAAAGAAAAAUAAACUCUGGACUUCUUUUCCUUCUCUGCUCAUCCCGUCCCCUCCGGUGUCAUGAAGGUCUCCUUUAGUCGAAUCAGCAGAGAUCAGCCUUGUUGCUCAUUUAUCAUUUAAUUUCAUUGCUCCUGUUAUUAACUCGCCGUCGCACUUGUGAAACAUUACAGCAGAACUUAUCACUGCUCAGACAUCCCUCCUGAUAAGUGACCUUCCUUUUUUUACUUUCUCUGCCAGCAGAGGAAAGCUGUUAUUUCUCCACCUGAAGGUGAAAUUAGCAUUUCUAUUUGUUCUUAGCUGAAAACCAAGAGAAGCCUUUUUCUUAUUUUAUUUUGGCUGAUUCCGACAUCUUGUAAACAGUGUUGAAGCUUCAGUGUUUCUGCCUCCAGUAUUUAACAGGGUUUAAUUAGAAGCUAAAAAAAAUAAUCUAAACAUGAAUGCGGAGAUGCUUUAUUAUGAUAAUAAAUACAAAUUGUAGCAGCAGGUAAAACAAACAAACUGGUAAACCUGCUUGGAUUAUUUUUUAUUUUUUUUCCCCUCAUUGAGUCUCAUGGGGGGUGUCGCUCAGCUCAGAACUGUAGGAAAUAAUAUGCUGGUCGAAGGACUAUUAAAACUUGAGAUAUAUCAUAUAUCCAACCACAUGUAGCUACUUUUUAAAGCUCUUUGCUGCAGUAAUUCAAAAAGACUCCUGUUGAAUCAAAGGAGCGUCUUGAAGUUCCUGUUUUCUGCUUCUUGUAGGUGUAGCUUAUGCACAUUUAACCAAAAAGGUGGAAUGAUUUGGUCUUAUUGUGGUUAUAAACAAGGGAACACAAGUCAGACGAUAAAUAUAAACAGUAACAUGGUGAGGGACACAACUUGGCUGUCAGAUAAAACUGAAGAUAUUUAUGAAGUGCAUUGAUGAGGAGUGCUGGAAUAACAAUAACCUGGUUACCUUCCAGUUUUCCGCCGAUAUGAAGCCGGAUCAGAAGCAAAACUACGUAUCGAUUCAACAUCUCCAGAACGUGCUUUAAUGUGGAUGAAACUUAAUGAAUUUCUCCAGUUUGCCACAUUUGUUUGUUAUGAAACAUCUGAUUUGAAAAGGAAUUGUAAAUAUUAUUUUUUUUUUCAUGGAUUUUUUUUUUCAAUAUGUAAAUUUUGAUCAUAUCACCAGAAUUCUGAGGAAAAACUGGCCUUUUUCUUGCCUGGUUUGAAUUCUGUAGAAGCAGUUCCCAGUUUGCCUUACAUGAUUUAUCUGCAAAUAUUUAGCAGGAAGGACUUUUUUUUUCCUUUAUCAUUUCAUUGAAACUAGAGUUUGUACAAAGAAAUAUCUGCGGUAUUUCAAGGCUUUCUUUUUUUAACAAUAUUGACUGAAUUGAAAUAAACUUUUCAUUGGCACUUA